AUGGACACCAUUGAGGAGCUCGAUGAGGAGGACCUUGGGUCACCACGUUCAAUAAAGGUUACACUGGGGACUACUUCAGCAUACAAAGAGGAAAGCCCAAAACUCAGUGAUGACUCUCUGGAAUUGACUGAAAUAUGUGAGAAGAUUGGUGUUACUGGUGGGGCCACAAAUAGUGAUUCGGGCCUUGCAAUAAAUAACUUGAGCUUGUGCUCUAUAGAAAAGCCUCAGAAGACUAAUUCCGAACAUCCAGAAUCGGGCGCAGUUCAAAAUGACUAUACAAUUAUCGUGAGUUUGGGUUCCUGUCGUUUGCUCGUUCAAGAGUUUUGUUUGUCGUUGUUACCAAAAACUUCAUCUUACUAG